ACGGGGUGGGGAACAAGAGGUGAUGGCCGUGGGCAGGCGACGGGCUGGGAGAUGGAACCCUUCACUCUUCCUAUUCCCCACUUCCCGACAGAACCACAUCCUGACACUCAUGUCGGUGGCGGCCCGCAUCUACAAGCACCCCAGCAUUCGCAACUCCAUCCACCUGGUGGUGGUGAAGGUGCUGAUCGUGGAAGAUGAGGCGCAGGGCCCCAGGGUGUCUGACAACGGUGGGCUUACCCUGCGCAGCUUCUGCAACUGGCAGCAGCAUUUCAACUAUCACAGCGACCGGAACCCAGGACACUUCGACACGGCCAUUCUGCUCACCAGACAGAACUUCUGUGGGAAGGAGGGGAUGUGCGACACCCUGGGCGUGGCGGACAUUGGCACCAUCUGUGACCCCAGCAAGAGCUGCUCUGUGAUCGAGGACGAGGGGCUCCAGGCGGCCUACACGCUGGCCCACGAGCUGGGGCACGUCCUCGGAAUGCCCCACGACGACUCCAAGCCCUGUGCACGGCUCUUUGGGCCCAUGGGCAAGCACCACAUGAUGGCACCCCUCUUCGUCCACCUCAACAAGACAUUGCCCUGGUCUCCCUGCAGCGCCAUGUACCUCACGGAGCUCCUGGACGGUGGGCACGGAGACUGUCUCCUCGACGCCCCCACCUCGGCCCUGCCCCUCCCGACCGACCUCCCGGGGCAACGGGCGCUCUAUGAGCUGGACCAGCAGUGCAGGCAGAUCUUCGGGCUGGGCUUCCGCCACUGCCCCAAUACCUCUGCGCAGGACAUCUGCGCCCAGCUCUGGUGCCACAGGGAUGGCGCCGAGCCCCUCUGCCACACGAAGAACGGCAGCCUGCCCUGGGCGGACGGGACGCCCUGCGGGCCCGGGCACCUCUGCUGGGAUGGCAGUUGUCUUCCUGCAGAGGAGGUGGAGAGGCCCAAGGCAGUGGUGGACGGAGGCUGGGCCGCCUGGGGGCCUUGGGGAGAAUGCUCCCGGACCUGCGGAGGAGGGGUGCAGUUCUCACACCGGGAGUGCAAGGACCCCGAGCCUCAGAACGGAGGGAGAUACUGCCUGGGGCGGAGAACCAAGUACCAGUCCUGCCACACGGAGGAAUGUCCCCCUAGUGAGAAAAGCUUCCGGGAGCAGCAGUGUGAGAAGUAUAACGCCUACAAUUACACCGACAUGGACGGGAACCUCCUGCAGUGGGUCCCCAAGUACUCGGGGGUGUCCCCCCGGGACCGCUGCAAAUUGUUCUGCCGAGCCCGGGGGAGGAGUGAGUUCAAGGUGUUUGAGGCCAAGGUGAUCGACGGCACCCUCUGUGGGCCAGAGACCCUGGCCAUCUGUGUCCGUGGCCAGUGUGUCAAGGCUGGCUGUGACCACGUGGUGAACUCGUCUACGAAGCUGGACAAAUGUGGGGUGUGUGGGGGCAACGACAACUCAUGCAGGAAGGUCUCCGGCUCCCUCAACCCAUCCAGUUAUGGCUACAACGACAUCGUCACCAUCCCAGCUGGUGCCACGAACAUCGAUGUGAAACAACGGAGCCACCUGGGGGUCCAGAACGAUGGCAACUACCUGGCAUUGAAGACCGCGGACGGGCAGUACCUGCUCAACGGGAACCUGGCCAUCUCCGCCAUAGAGCAGGACAUCUUGGUGAAAGGGACCAUCCUGAAGUACAGUGGCUCCAUCGCCACCCUGGAGCGGCUGCAGAGCUUCCGGCCCCUGCCUGAGCCUCUGAUCGUGCAGGUCCUGACAGUCCCCGGUGAGGUCUUUCCCCCCAAAGUCAAAUACACCUUCUUUGUCCCCAAUGACGUGGACUUCAGCAUCCAGAGCAGCAAAGAGAGAGUGACCACCAACGUCAUCCAGCCCUUGCUCAACGCGCAGUGGGCGCUGGGGGACUGGUCCCAGUGCUCCAGCAGCUGCGGGGCUGGCUGGCAGCGGCGGACCGUGGAGUGCCGGGACCCCAGCGGCCAGGCCUCCGCCACCUGCAACAAGGCUCUGAAACCCGAGGAUGCCAAGCCCUGUGAGAGCCAGCCGUGCCCUCUGUGACCGAGUGGGGCGGGGCCAGUCGUGCUCAUGGACUCGGGCUGCUGGGGUGCCAACAGGUGUCCCCACUGUGGUGACCCUCCGUGUAGAGGUGGCAUAGCCGACCCUGGUCUCACCUUGCACCAGCCCCGCCGGCACGGGGAGGGGAAGAGAGGAUGGGCCAACCGAAUAUAAUGUCUACUUUCUCGUGGAUGGGACCUUGCUUGGGUUCAAGUAGAGGGCAUAGGUGAAAGGUGAAAAGUGCACCAGACCCAAACGGGAGACUCAUUGAGCCUGUUUGCAAAGGACUAGCAAAGUUAAAUGGGAAAAAAAAUUGUUUUCUAUUGGGUUUCCCCUAUAAAUAAUCUACCUCAAAGGGGGAAAAGUAUCCAAGAGAGGUGUGAGGCAGGGGGCCAAUGGCGAAUGUCACAGCAAGCUCCUGAGCUGGCUUCCAACGUGAUCAUGACUCUCUUCAGUAUUAAAAACCCAUCACCUGCGGGGCUGCAGGGCUGUGGAGAGCCACGUGUUCUCAGGCCUCCACCUGCAGGGGUGGCUCCCGUUCAAGUAUUUAUGCAGAUGUGUCUCUGAACUAAAGUGUGAUCUUGUGCCAA